CUAAGGUUUCUUCAGCGCAAUUAUUCGUUCGUAGAAGAUAUAGCGAUAAAAAAUAUUGUGCAUUUUAGAAGCGGUACAGACGUAACAUUUCACGUUUCGUCCCUUAGAAAAGACGAGAAAAUGCUGCAGUCGAUUCUGAACAAAUUGGAAGGCAUAGGACAUGUGGGCAAUAUGACAAUUCCCCAGAGAGAAGUUUAUCCAAGAACACAACUGUCUAUACAGAGCCUUGAUAUAAAUCAGCCUGGAUUAAUACGAGAAGAAGAUCAAUUUAUUUUAAGUUGCGUAGCACGUGGAUCCCCAACGAUAAAUUUUCGUUGGUUUAAAGAUGGGAUUUCUAUAAACGUUACUGCUACCAGAAAAUGGUUGAAACUGAUAAAAGAUCCUCGUGUUGCGGAUCAGUAUACAGGACUUUUAGGUAUAGAGAGGGCCCAUCCGUUUGACGAAGGUAUAUUUACCUGUCAGGUAGAAGAUUUUGGUCUAAAGGAAUGCCUUUCCAAGAGGGUCGUCCUGGAAAAAAUACCUUUAGUAAAAAUAGAACCCUUUAGUUUGACAGUGAAAAAGGGAGAUAACUUCACUAUAAAAUGUAUUACAGCGGAUGAAAGCAAAGACGGUACAAAAUAUAUCUAUAGUUGGACUAAAAAUAAAGAACUUCUACCUGUGAGAACUGAAUUCGAGAAAUAUGAGGUGUUGUUUCCAUCAGGCAGUAUUUUACAAGUUCGAAGUGUAGAUAAAAACACAGAAUACUCCUGCCUCGUUCAAGGUUCAAAAGUAUCUUCAGAGAAAGUGGUGUCGGUAUAUGUUGUGGACAGAAAGGGCGUAAACACUUGCCGCAUGAGGAUUCAAUUGGAUAUGACCUGGCCUGAAACAGCUGCAGAUACAAUUAGCAUAAUUAACUGCCCUAAAGCUUACACCGGUUUUGCUACUAGAUAUUGUGCACUGAAAGAUAAAAAUAAACCUGCUUGGGAGAUGCCCAGCUUCUCAGAUUGCACCCAUCACCAACUUGGUCACAUAUAUGAAAAGUUUCAACGCUUAAAACUGGGUUAUGUGUCUACGAGCUUAGAAAAACUUUUAAAUAGCUUAUUAUCUCAUGUUCAAACAGUAAAGUUACUUCCUGGAGAAGGUGCCAAAGUUUUGAACAUAAUUCAAGAGAUGGUGCAAUAUACAGCGGCUUUAAAACUUUCUUCAUAUGAAUCAAGAAAUAUUACGAACAACUUAUUUCUCAUAAUAGACAAAGUGUUAUCCACUCCUGAAUCAUUGAAUCAACAAAAAGAUAUCAGAUCAGCAUUUGAAGUGAUCAAGGAGCAAAUAAGUAUAUUGGGAACUUCAUUACUAGGCUCGAUGUCACCCUCAGUCCGCAUAUCAAUGAACACUAUUGACAUGACUAUUGUCAACUUAACACAUUAUAGGACUAAUAAAUAUUUUCACAUUCCCAAUAACUUGGAUAAAUUACUUACAAAAUGGUUGGGAGUCCAAAUUUCAGCAACGAACAUACUUUCAAACGACGCUACCAUAAGAUUUGCUGCAGGAGUCGUUUUCAGAAACAUUUCAAGCUACAUGCCACCUCGCCUUUUCCUUAGAGAUAGAGAUGGUUCAGAGAUAGAAUACGAAAUAUACUCCCACAUCGUAACGAUAUUUCCAUUACCAGAAUUAUUUGAUAUGUAUCCCAUAGCAAUAGAUUUUAAACAUCAACCGAAUCAAAAACCAAACAAGAGCGCUGAUGAAACUUGGGGUGUAAAAUGCGGUUAUGCUGAUAUGUCAACAUUCACCUAUUCUUGGAAUAUCUACAGCUGCUACAAAGAAGCCUUAAAUGAAAUGAGAACCAGAUGCAUUUGUCCAAAACAUGGAAUAUUCGCUUUAUUAUUAACACUCACUCCAAAGUCUAAAACUGAAGAAUCACUACCAACCGUCUUGAUAUUAGUUAUAGGAUGUGCUCUUGGAAUUGUCUUCACUUUCAUUGCUAUAAUAUGUCUGGCUGUUUCAAGUUUUCUCAAACAAAAAUCCAGUAUCACCAUCUUGAAAUUGCAAUGCUCCAUAUCUGUAUUUAUAUUUGAAGUAGUAUUCACCGCAGCUAUUCUACUAGAACCAACACAGAAAUACUUUUUGUUGAUUCUUGCUGGAUUGGAAGCGAGUAUGCUCCUAGGAUUAUCUAGCCAUUUAAGUAAAUUAUUGAUGAUUUUUACCGAACUUAUAGAAUUGCCCAAAUCUAUGACAUCAAAGCAAACUGUUAUUGGAAUUAUUUCAGGAGUUCCAGUAAUUACAGUGUUUGCUAGUCAUUUAUCCUACAAAACUAUGGAUGUUAAAUUGGAAUCAUGGUGGAUUCUUCAAGGAACAUUAUCCUUUAAUAUAUUUAUUUGUGUAACUUUGAUGAUGGCCCUCCUUUUUGCAUUCAUAUACACGAUUGUAAUGAAAAAACUAGAUAAUCUUAUGAAAAUCAAUGAGAAGUAUGCCAAACCGCUACUUAGAAGGAAACGAUUACUUCGAAGAUCCUGCUAUAUUUUCACAUUUUUAAUACUCUUUUCAAUAAGUAGUAUAAUAUAUAUGAAUAAUCCCAAUAAACUAUGGAGUGUAUUUCAAUUCAGUACAAUAAAUGUAUUGGUGGGGUUAGUAAUUCUCAUUUGCUACGUACUAAAAUCGGAAACUAGGCUCCAGCAGCUGUUUGUGAACAAGAAAAAGAAUGAUAACAUAUUUUUCAGCAUCAAUUCUUCAAUAAGUUCACCACUUAAAUUUAUUACCAAACAAGAUGCAGAAAUUGAAAAUGACUUCACUCCUCAAACAAGGCAGGAGACACAACAAUUCACUUUGGUCAGCCGUGAAUCCACAAAGUCGUCCAUAGUAGUAAAAUCUCAGAAUAUUGCAGCCACAUUUGAAAGUUGCUUACAAAAUAAUCCUGCUUGUGAUAGUCAUCUGGAUAAAAUUGUAUCAUCAAAUCGGCUCAAGCAACCAGCAUCGUUGGAGCAUUACAAUUCCAGUCCACAGGGUUCUAGGAGAUAUUCAGCAUCUGCGACUUUAUGUUCUCCAGACAUCCUCUCAAACAAAGUUUGUGUGGAGUUGGAUCUAGUGGCAUCAAGUAUUCAGUGUCAACCAAAUCGUAACAUAUUUUCCACUUCCAUACCUUCCCUUAGUCCUGAUAAAACCAUUACGACUCUUUUAGAUUAUCAUAUUGAAGCACCUGUACCUGCACGAGGAACAGAAACAUCAUACAAAGAAAGAACUCAACCUGAUGGUCAUGACGACAGCAUCAUUUGUGAGAAAAAUUUAAGUACGGUAGAAGAAGUUAGUGAGACUGAAACAGAUUCUCCAGAAGUGAGUGAAAAGCUGCUGUGCCCCGAAAAUCAUAAAUGUAAAAACACUAGUACUAAUAGUGGAAAUACUGCUAUUAAAAGUGAUAAUCUUGACGGUAUGUUGGAUAGUAUUAGUCAAGAUUUGGAGUAUUUAUUGAACAAUUCCGAGGAUGUUAAUAUAUCUUCAAUAAAAAGUGCGUCCAAGGGACCAGCUAGUCUGAGACAAGGUAUUAGUAACGUAGUUGAUGAUGAUAACCAAGAUAAUAUAACUAUUAGGAGUAAGUGUUAAUAUAUCUACUUUAUUGUGAAAUGUCUGUGAAAAUCUCUUUGUUAGAUAAGUUAGUUUAAGUCUUAAUUGUAUCGCGUUAUUUUUUGUUUAACAAGUUAUAGGUAUCAAUAAAUAAAUUUACAUUAUAAAUCUAAUCUAUAAAUUCGUAGCAAAAGUUUCUAAUGUACUUCAGGGAGUAAAAAAUUUGGUCAUCAAAAUUUAUUUUAGAGGUUCCACUUUUGCAAGCAAGGAAAUUGAUAAACUUGUGGUUCAAGGUAUGACAUGUCAUU